GGAGCGAGACCGGAAGGCAAAGGGGAGGUGGGAAGGCAGCCAUACGGGCACUCCCGUGGCCUCAGAAGCUAAAAAGGUGUUGUGGUUUAGCCCCAGCCAGCAACUAAGCCCCACGCUCACUGCCCCCACCCCGGUGGGAUGGGGAGAGAAAAGGAAGGGCAAAAGCAAGAAAACUCGUGGGUUGAGAUAAGAACAGUUUAAUAAUUAAAAUAAAAUAGUAAUAGAACAAAUAAUAAUAACAAUAAUAUAAUGAAAAGAAAAAUAACAAGAGAGGUGAAUCCCAGGGGAAAAAAAGGACCCCAAACAAUAAGUGGUGUAACCUCUCACCACCCGCCAACCAGGGCUGCCGGUCCCCGAGCCGCAACCACUGCUUCCCCCGGCCAACUCCUCCCAGUUAAUGUGCUGGGUGUGCUGUCAUAUGAUAUGGAAUAUCUCUUUGGCCAGUUUGGAUCAGCUGCCUCAGCUGUGUCCCCUCCCUUCCCGGCUCCUUGUGCCCCUGACAGAGCACGAGAGGCUGUAAAAGUCCGUGACUAGUACACGCACUACGUAGCAACAACUAAAACGUCGGUGUUAUCGACAUUAUUCUCAUACCAAAUCCAAAGUGCAGCACUGCACCAGCUACAGAGAAGAAAAUUAACUCUAUCCCAGCCAAAACCACGGCAGGCGGAUAAUUUGGGGAACCCCAUGGCUAAUAACGUUUUCUGUGGCGUGCUCUCCGUCAGCGUGAACGGGGGUGCGGAAGCGACGGGUGCUGGGGUGCGGUCCGCGGGCUGGCGGCGCGGGCAGCUUGGGUGGUGGUGCCUGCCUCCCGCACCGCACGUUGGGGCGUGUGGCAGCACUGGGGGUAACCAGCGGCAUUCGUGGGACACCCUGCUCGGCCCCCAAGCCUACGGGGAGAGUUUUUCCUUUUCCUUUCGGUGGAACGAUGGUGGGAUUCACCUCUCCCAGCCUCUCCUACAGCCUGGACUUCACCACCCAACGUGCUCUGGGCCCUGGUGCAGCCCCUCAAAGGCACAAGCACCUCCAGAGCCGGGUUCCCCUGGGGCAGGGCUGGGGAAAACACUCUCAAGGAGCCUGUUCCCGUGAAACGGGAGUUAACGUCCUCCAUCGCGGCCGAGCGGUGCUGAUUUGGGCACCUGAGACUGAAAUAGCGUUGGUACCGCUCCCACGGGUGAGAAGUUGGGAGGGGACAGAGCCGGGAUGGGUGGCCCGAGAGGACCGCGCUGCACAGCGCCGUGCUCAGCAGUCAAAGGAGGGAAGGAGGCGGGAGGGGAGAUGUUGGCAGCUGCGGCGUUUGCCUCCGCAGGCGGCUGUCACACGGGCUGAGGCUCUGCUUCCCAGGGAGCGGCUGGACGUCAGCCUGCCGAUGGGGGGUAGUGAAUAAAGAGCCGGCUUGGCUUUGCGAGCGCACGCAGCUUUCCUUCGCUUGCUAAGCUCUCCUUGUCUCGACCCAGGAGUUUUUCUUGCUUCUGCUUUUCCACUUCUCUCUCCCCUGUCCUGCUGGUGGGACUGCACGAGCUGCUGGUGGGUGCUUAGAUCCCAGUGGAGGCCGACCCACCGUGGUGUUUCUCUCUGUCUCUUCAGGGGCUUGAGCUUCACCCACAGCAGCAGAUGCAUGAUCUGGGCAGUGGUGGGAGAGGGCACGUGGUGCCACAUCGUCAGUGCCGUUCCCCCAGGCUCUGCCACGUCCAGGCUUUGCUUUGAGGCUGGCUGAGCCUCACCGGAGAGCACAGCCUGUGUAGUUGGAGCUGGGACUUUUCUGCAAGUCUCCAGGCUUAGCUCUCACAGAGCAUCCUCCAGCCUGCUGUUCAUCCUCCCACAUCUUCUCCCCUCGAGAAAGCAGGAUUUUGGGCCUUUUGUUCCCGGUGUUUCACCUCCUGAAGUGCUGACUCGAUCCCCAUCUUCUGCUGAACACCCCAGCCUUGUCUACCAGGCCUGCUGUGUGGUGGUGUGCUCUCUCAGUUGAGCUGGGGACCUUGGCUACCUGUGUCCUCUGGAAAGUCAAGUGUCCGACCAGAAGGAGUAUCUGGUGUGAGCCAUGGGUUCACAGGAGGAGAUAACAGAGGAUGAUGAAAAGGCGCUUCUUGCUAAAAAACUACUGGCAGAAGCUUGUGAGAAAGAAGGACUGGAUGAUGCAUACUGGCUCCCCAAACUGUCAGAGAUACUGGGAGUCAAGUCCAGAGAAGCCCUGAAACAUCUGCAAUAUGAAGACUACCUUAAGCUGGAGUGCGAAGUACGGUACCCCUGGGAAACAAAGGCGCUGCGAAAACUCCUGGAACUAGCAACAAACAAAUCAACUUCUGAGGAGCUGCAGAAGAAUCGCUUGGAGAUGACAAAGCAGAGACAAGAAGCGGCCAAGCUAGCCCUGCAGGAGCUGAAAGAAAUGCACAACAGCCGCAGCCACAGCAGGGAUGCUAUGAGACAGAAAGAGGAGGCUCUGUGGCAAGCCCUAGAGAUUCCGAAAGAGUACUGGACGCUACCGGAGAAGUCAUCGGUGGAUGUGCUGGAGAGCAUCCAGAAGCAGCUGGAGCAGCAGGAGUUGUCAGUGGGCAGGAGUGAGAACGUUUCCGACACGGAGGUCCUGAGGCGGGCGUCAGGGGGACUGGCCCUGCAGGGCAUUUACAGAACAAGCAGCCUUGAGGAUGUGCUGGCCAAGCGAGACCAGCUCAUCAGGGUUCCCGAUGGGUUCAAGCUCACCGGUCCAGAGCAAGGGUCGCUGCUCGAGAGGAAGGAGUUCUCCUCCUCUGCAGCAGAAGCCACUUUCACCAAGUCCAUGGAGCAGCUGGGGUUCAGCAUCAGUGUUUCGGCCAAAGCUGGGUUCUGGGGGUUUAAUGUUGAAGUCGGUACAGAUUACAGCAGCUCCUCACAGUCGGAGGACACCCACAAAUCCUGCUCUGGGCAGAGCUACGUUUGCACCACCAAGUACCAGUACAUCCCUCUGGCCUCCUGCUACUUCCAAAAGCACCAGCUUCGCCUCUCAGAUGCGGCCCUGCAGGAGCUGCAAGGAAUCGAGCAUCUUCUGAGCAUCACUGAGGAAGCAGACAGGCCCAACAUGCUGAAAAGCAGAUGUGCGAGCUUCUUCAGCAGGUUUGGGUCCCAUGUAAACCAGGGUCCCCUCCACUUUGGGGGAAUAUUCUGGUGGAAGGCAUCUACGGAAGGAUUCAGAGCUGAGCAGCGGGAAGAGAUGAAGCGACAAGCCUCUGAAGCACUGAACUGCUGCGUUGGGGCCAGCUACAGCAGAUUCGGUGUCAACGUGGCAGUGGACGUGGACGUUUCGAAAUCCAGCUCACACGCUUCUUUUAAGGGAACUGACAGAAAGAGUGACUACACAGCAGUUCAGGUCUACGUGACCAACACAGGGGGCCCAUCAGAGACGGAUUCUCUUCCUCAGUGGAAAUUGGGGCUUGUAGCUAAUAACACAACAUGGUGUGUUAUCGACCGAGGCUUUCAGCUGAUCCCAGUGUGGGAUAUAAUCCUGUUGAAUCACAGCAGUGAUUUUAAAUCCAGCUAUCAAAUGAGCAGCAGCCUCAGGUCUGCGUACAAAGCGCUAACGAAUUACAGUGUCGACACCAUGUUUGGAGAGGAACUGGUCAGUGCAGUGGAAGAGGCCAGAGCUUUCAUGGAGUGCGUGAAGGCCUGGGACGUGACGGUGGAUGAAAGGAAACUGCUCGCACUGAUAGAUUUCAAACAGGAUCUGAAUGAAAAAACCAAAAACCAUAGUGUCUGGAUCAAUGUAUGCCUGUCGGACAAAGCCCUGCAGGAGUACCUGCUGAAUACUGUUCUGUUUUGCAAGAAGUCACCUCCAGAGAACACCACCUAUAUCAAGUUUCUGUUGAGGUGCCUCCUGGACCCUUAUAUCUAUUCUGUUAAGGAAUUCCCCACGUCUUCGUUCAUUAUGCAAUGGAUCUUCUAUACUGAGAAUGUGCUUCCUGAAACUCCCAAUGUUUCUGAACUUGAAGAUCUCACCAAGACACUGCUGCAAAUGAAGGAGUACAUCCAGGAAGUCACCUACGCACCAGAAACCUCUGCCUCUGCCAUUCAUGAAGCGAAGAUAAAAGCCACCUUGACUGCAAGCCUAGCUGUUUAUUCCUUACUCCAGUUUCUCCGGGAAAUGGCACAGAAAGACAUAGAACUGUUGGUGCUCUUAAUUACGACCAACACGGGAUAUCAGGUGGAAAGCAGCAUUUUUCAGUACCUCCUUGGAUGCCCAGAAAUUAACUUCAUGAUAAAUGAAAUGCAAACAGGACAUAAGGACUAUCUGAGUCUGAAGGAGCAAGAUGUUUACAGAGCCCAGGCCUUCCUGCUGCUGCUGGGUCUAACUGUAACAUCCAAACAUAAAAAGGUGUCCCCUGAGGAGAAGAAUAAGCGUUUAGCUUUCAUGGAAGAUCACAUGAAAGACUUAUGGUCCACAGAGAUAAAAACUCUCCUCAAAAAGCACAGUGCAUUCAAAGACUGGAAGGUGUUGGAAAACGACUUGAAUUCCUUCAUCAGUGGGUGUGUGGAUGACACAUGUGACGAUGUCAAGAAACACAGUAUAAUCAAAGACAUGGAAGAUACUUUUCAAAGAACAGAGCCCGCCAGUCAACCCAAAUCCGAAUCAGACGGCAGCGAAUCCAAAGCAAAUCAAGCCAUUGCAAACCAAGAGUUCCUCCAGUUACUUAAGCGUCUUGGACUAGAAAAUCAUUAUCCAAGAAAAAUGGGGACAGAAGAUUUCCACAUCAUAUACAAGACAUCUUUACACGAAAGCCAGCCCAGCAAAGAAAACGAACUACCAUUUUACUUCUUGCAAAAGCUAUUAACCGUGGAUUAUCGGGUGAGGUACCUGACUUGCAACGUUGAGAGCGACCCAGGACUCGCACUCGUGCCGAAAACCACAGAGCAAGAGCAUGAACCCUCGGAUUCCUUUGAUGACUUUUUCACAGAUUUGGAGACAGAAGCUCCUGAAUCUGCAGCCAGGGACAGUUGUGUGCACCCCAUGGACCUCCAGAUGGCAAUUUUUCAUUGCGCUGACCAUUUCAUGAGACAGUAUAUUUCAACAAAGCUUGCUUUCUGCCAAUUUGCGCUACCUCUCCUGGUGCCAAACCCGUGCACUUCACAGAUAGAGUUCCCACUCUGGUCCCUCAGCCAAAUAAAGAAGAGCUGGAAAGGGGCUGAGAAGUCAGGAGAGCAGGCCAGAAUUAACAGUUACAAAAACAAACUCAUUUAUCAGGCAGAGAUACCCAUCGUGUCCUUCAUACGGAUCGGCAGUUCUCCCUCCUCUUCCAAGUCUCAGAUCCUGAAUGCUCUGCUGAGCAAACAAAAGCACGACACUUUUUUCCACCGACAUUGCAAAGGCAGCACCAAAGACUGUUUGCUGAUGAAAGGUGUUGUGGAGAUCUCCUGGUACUGUCCCCGGGGCAGUGACGAUGACAGCUUUGAAUGCUGCGUUGCCUUCUGUAACCUGCAUGGAGAUGCAAGGGAUCACGGAGAACAGCUGCAGUUUUUACAGGAGAUAUCUGCUGUGAACGUGGCUCUCGUAUCCGAGUCUGAUCAGAGUGACACGAAAGGGAUGAAGAUUUUACGUGACCUGUGGCAGUCACAAAGGCCUUUGGUUUGUCUUUUCACCGAAAAAGAGAACGUUGCAGCUGGCCGUUCUCGCCAAAACGUAAAAAUAGGUAUCAAGAACAGAAAUGAAGCAGAAUUAAUUGGUGAGCUGACAAAAACAAUCAGGGAUCUCCUGGAAGGGGCUAACACAAUUUUCAGCCUUGAUGCCUGCCUGGAGAAAGCUCGCAAGCAUGGAUUCUUAGUCGAUGAAGAUACAGAUGCAUGUGUGAUAGCCAAAGAAAAGGCAAAGGCUCUGGUGAAGCUUCUGAAGAAAGAGAAGUUAUCUGACAUCAAAUCCCAGCUACUUCCUCUUCAAGGAAAACUGUGGUACACGUGGUGCCAAAAGGACAAAGAACUCACUCGCUUGCAGGAAAAGAGGAACAAGAGCAUAGAGCAUCAUCGGAGCCAAAUUGAGUUAGAGAAGUCGGCAAUAAGACGAAAGCAACUAGAUAAAGCAUUCCCCCUCAAUCAGCUGAUGAAAUCAGUUCUUAGCUUUCUCCAGUCGCAGCCAGCAGAUACCAAGAAAUACUUCCUGCAGUGGAUGAAGGUCUUUAUGGAUGAACUCUCUUCCGAUUGCCUUGAUGAACUGAAGAGACAGUAUCACCAGUUAUGGUCUCAAAUCCUGGCAAUGAAGAAAAGCAAUGAAAAAUCCAACCUGAAAUCUCAGUUGCUGAGUAAGUUAAAUGGCCUCUCCAAUGAAAUCAACGAUUCAUCCAUUGGCCUUGAGCACAUUUUGAGAGAGGUAGGGCAGAUUUACGAAGCUCUGGAAUCAAUGAACUCAAAGGACAAAUGUUUUGUCAAACUACCUGAAAUUGCAGCUGAUCUGAUGGUUUCAGGGUAUCCUGUCGAGCUGAUGGAUGGUGAUGCUUCUUACGUACCAUUACGAUGGGUGGGAGCAAUCUUUGACAGAUUAAUUGAGAAGCUAGGGGACAAACGAGUGUUUGUCCUUUCAGUGCUUGGCAUCCAGAGCACAGGGAAGUCAACCCUGUUGAAUGCCAUGUUUGGCCUUCAGUUUAACGUCAGUGCAGGGAGAUGCACCCGGGGAGCAUUUAUGCAGCUAAUUAAAGUGGAUGAGAAGCUACAACAGGAUUUGGACUUUGAGUACAUGCUAGUUGUUGACACAGAGGGACUUCGUGCCAUAGAGAUGGCCAAUAAACAGUCCCUUAAUCAUGACAACGAGCUGGCCACCUUUGUCAUUGGCAUCGGCAACAUGACUCUGAUCAAUAUCUUUGGAGAAAACCCUUCAGAAAUGCAAGAUGUCCUUCAGAUUGCUGUGCAGGCUUUUCUGAGGAUGAAGCAAGUAAAUCUUUCCCCCAGCUGCCUGUUUGUACACCAAAAUGUGGGAGAAAUAACUGCCAAGGAACAGAACAUGGAAGGACAAAGACGUCUGCAGGAAAAACUGGACGAAAUGACCGUGACAGCCGCCCAGCAGGAAUUCUGUGACAUCUCCUGCUUCAGCGACGUCAUCCGCUUUGAUGUGAACACCCACAUUCAUUACUUUGCUCACCUGUGGGAAGGAAACCCCCCAAUGGCACCACCCAAUCCCACCUACAGCCAGAACGUCCAGGAAUUAAAGAGCAAAAUUCUCCAAGCCACCAAGAAGGAGAGGCAGGGCAGCAUUUUAAGGCUCUCGAGCUUGAAAGUUCGUAUUAGCGACCUCUGGAAUGCUUUGCUGAAUGAAAACUUCAUUUUCAGCUUCAAGAAUUCAGUGGAGAUUGCUGCAUACAAGAAACUGGAAACUGCCUUUAGUCAGUGGACUUGGCAGCUGAGGAGUCACAUCUUAGACCUGCAGAUGAAACUGGACAAUAAAAUUCGGAAUGGGGAGUUGCACAAGGUCACCACAGACCAACUUGAAAACCUAGUGCAAACGACGAGUGAUGCCAUCAUGAAAGACAUGGAAAAGUAUUUCAGUGAAGACAGAGACUCUGAGAUAUUGGUCCAGUGGAAAGGCAACACGGAAAUGAAGCUGAAAGAAAUAAAAGACUCUCUUCUUCUUGAAACUAGAAAGAAGUGUGAGAAUCUUAUUGAACUAAAGAAGAACCAGUCUAAACUGGAUGAAAGGAAGUCAGAAUAUGAAAACGAGCUCUUGAAGAAGAGUAGACAGUUGGCUCUGUCUCUAAAAGGCCAGAGACUAAGUGAAAGAGAACUGAGAGACAACUUUAUUACUCUCUGGGCAGUGUGGAUUAGUGAAGUCUCCUCUGCUGCUCCCCCUCCAGAACAGGUUGAUAUCGAUGUGGAAAUAGAAGAUGUCCUUCUAGAUCACUUUAAGGAGCCUAACUUACAUGCACGAAUCAGGACAUUUCCCGAACAGAGAGAAUUUUCUCUUGACUUGGAGAAACACGUCACUAAGAAAAAGCGAUGUUGGAGCUUGUUUGGUACGAAUUUUGAUGAUGCUGAUGUGAACAACAUGGACCACAUUACAGAUAACAUCAUAGCAUGUGUGAAGGCAAACAUUGAUAAGAAGGAAAAGGAGAAAAGGGAUUACUGUCGAGCUUUUAUUCAUGAAAUACUGCAUGAAGUACAGAAAGGUAUGAAGUCUGUCUCUAGCAAUGCAAAAUACAGUUUUAAUAAACAUUAUGGAAUAGAUCUAUCACUGUAUCUGUGCAGAAUGGCAGCAGAAAGGUUUAAAGCCAUGCAAGUAGCAUUCAGAAAAGCCAAUGAUCCAACCAUCUACCUGGAGAGCAAGAGAGAAGAUUUCUUUAAAUGCUUCCAGAUUUCCUGUCAAGGAGCCACUUCUAUCACGACAUUUGCUGUUUUCCUGUGUGACAAGAUUGCCCCGGCUCUUCGCCAGGCGAUCUAUAACAAGACGGCUCUUGCCAUAGCUCAAGACAUGAAGGGUAAAAGUCCAGAUUUCAGUGGCAACAGAUCCUCUCUGGAAGUCUGCAUACUGAGGUACCUGGCAGAAGAAGAAAAUUUUGAGAAGUUCAAGGAGUACCUUAGAUACCCACGGGAAUUUUUAGAGAGGUACAUUGAGACAUGCGUUGAGAAGUACUGUUUAGAUAAGAACAGGAGGCUGGAGAAGUUUUUAGAUUACUCCCUUAAUCAGCACUAUGAAAGCAUUCAGUUAGCUGUUUUUGCAUCAACCAACAUUGUCAAAGACAGGAAAGACAGAAAUGACAAAAUCUCUCUUUGGCUGGAUGAAUUUUGCCGCGCGCUUGGAGAGGUGCUAAACUUGCCCAGAAGGGACCUGAAGAGCCUUGAGCAUCAGGAGGUAACAGACAUAGAGUUCCUGAACAAUGCCAUGACAGAAGCACUGGUUCCCAUCAGAGAUCAUCUCAGGGAAGGGUUUGCUACUGCUGACAUGAGCUCAUUUGAAAGGCAACCUCAUACAAUCCUGGCUGAACAGUUCGCAGGGUGCUGGGCGCACUGUCCCUUUUGCGGAGCUGUUUGCACAAACACCAUGAUGGAUCACGAUGGAGACCAUCAGGUUUUCUUCCAUCGUCCGCAAGUUUUGACAGGAUACAAGUGGCAUAAAACAGACAACCUGGUCAUUGAUAUUUGUUCUAGUAGCGUUACAAGUGACUGUUCAUUCAGGAUCGAUGGAGACAGAUGGAUCCCUUACAAGAAAUACCGGGAAGCAGGACUUCCCUACUCCACUUGGAACAUUCUUCCUGAUACAUCCAUGCAAGCAUACUGGCAGUGGUUCGUGUCUCAUUUCAGGACAGACAUAGAAAAAUGGUACAAUGGGAAGUUUCACGGCAAAGGAGAAAUCCCUGCUUCGUGGCAGAUAAUUACAAAGCAGCAAGCACUUGAAAAACUGCAGAACCUUUAGGCCAAGUGAAUAUGAAGGAAGAACCGCAACUGCUUUGCAUUUUAGAAGAACAUAGUACAAGUCUAUCCACCAAAUAUUGUUGUAGAAUCAUAGAAUCAUAGAAUAGAAUCAUAGGAAUCAUUAAGGUUGGAAAAGACCUCCAGGAUCAUCAAGGCCAAGGGCCAACCCAACACCCCCAGGCCUCCUAAACCAUGGCCCCAAGUGCCACGGCUGCAUGGUGUUUGAACCCCCCCAGGGACGGUGACUCCCCCACCUCUCUGGGCAGCCUGUUCCAAAUGACUAUGACCUCAAGCCACAUGAAGAAAAUGAUAUCUAAUUGCUCACAAAGUGGGGUGAAAUAAAGCGUGCUGCUCCUGCCAUCGCUUAGAAAUUCCCUUCCUUCACAAUAAAAUCAGAAUCCUCUUCCCUUCUUGCCAUGACCAUUUACAUCUGCUUUGUCUUAGAGCAAAAAAGAAAAAUAAUCCUGCAGCGAGCAGUCAUAAGGGCCAAGAUUAAGACCAAGUGCCAAACAAAGAGCAAAGACAGCAUUAGAAAGUACCAGUUUUAUCAUCUGCUCUGAGAAAAUAAGUGACACUGGCAAAAAAUAGUUUUCCUGCAGCAAGUACUUGUCACAUUUAAAGAAAAGGCUGCGGGAUCUGAGAGCAGCCCAACAUUGGCUGCAAGCUGUGCUGCUUUGCUUUUGGAGAUUAUCAUUCCCUUAUCGAGCCCUUAUUGCUAAACUGAGCUAGUAGUCAGAGCAGCCGCGGUUCUGGCUCCGACGACAUUAAAGCAGUUAACACAGUAGCCUACGUGGAUUUCGAUAGCAGUUUAACUCCGUGUUUAUUAGGUAUACUUUGUACGUUAAGGUGAGCCAUUCCUGCACGGGUGCCUGGACCUGGUGCAAUUUGCUCCAGCUCUCAGUUGUAAUAGCAACUGCUCUUGCCAUUUGCUCAGCUGUUGAGCAAAAGCCUUUGUAUAACCAAUGUGGAGAAUGAUGUAUCUUUGCAGCUUCCUCAGCAGCCAUCGGCAGCGUGCGACAUUAGCGUUUGUGCUGUCGGGACAGGCUGGUAGCAAUGGAGCCAUGGUCUGGAGAACGUGUAACCAGCUGGGUCUGCACCCAGUGAGGCAGUCGGUGGUUUUUGCUGCGCAAUUCCUGCAACGCUGCUGGAAACCCAAGGACUGAGGCGCCCUGGAGUGUUGGCCAAAGUGGCGAUUCGCUUGUACAAUCCCUUGUAGUCUUUGCUAAUAAACUAAUCCAGUUGGA